GGCCCUGCUGCAGCCGACGCCACCGCCCUUCUCGCUCGGGGCGGGCGGCUUGCACAGCUCGGCGAGCACAGGGCGGGAAGGCGCGGCGGGAGUGGGUGCCUGGGCUCUGCCCCAGCGCACUUGCCUGUUUUCUCGCGCGCUCCUGGGCUUCGACUCCGCUGCCGACACGCAGUAGCCGGGACUCUCGACGCCGCUAGCGACGGGCGCGCGGACGGCAGGUCCCAGAGGGACGCGCUCCACUCGGGGACGCCGGCGCGGCUGGCCAGAAGAUGAAAGGAAACAGGAAAAAUUCAAGCUGGAUUUUUAAAUUAUUGCAAGUUAAUGAUGGACCAGAAGUUGAAGAAUGCAUUUCUGAAUAGAAGUCUUCAAAAUUUUUCUUCAAAUAACAGAGGAAAUAAAAUUGAUCUACUAUCUUAAAACUCCAAUUUAGAAUAAAAUAUUCAUAAUAGGAAAUUAUACUGGCAAAAAUUCAUGUGGUUCUUAAUGUACCUGGAUGAAGAGAACUGCCACUUCUUUUCUCAGAAGGACUUAUAUAUGUCUGAGAUUAUUUUAACAAUCAGUCAUUUUAUAGAAAUCUUGACAUGAUCACCAAGGAGGACAAACAGCAGUAGCUGAAGGCUGUGUUUUGGUCAAGAUGACUUCUGAAGAAAUGGCAGCUUCUGUUCUCAUCCCUGUGACUCAGAGAAAAGUGAUGUCUGCCCAGUUGGCUGCAGAUGAAAGUAGUGAAAAGGUCUCAGACAUCAGUAUUCCAAAAAUGCAUACUGUCAGGCAGAGUGGUCAGACUUCCAACACUAUCUCACAUUGGAAUAAAUUUAAAGAAGUAUCUGUUGGAAGCGACCUGCCCAAGGUUCUCUCAAUAACAAAGGAGAAAAUAGUGAAUGAUGAGAACAGCAAUGAAAAGUGCUAUAAAACAAGCAUACCAGAGUCUAUAAAAAACCAUAACAUUAACUGCAACAACAUAUUUCAAAACCAUCAGCAUGGCUUUCCUCAGAGCCAGUUUUAUGAAACAUGCAACUCUGUCAUGGAGGAAGACCUGUGUCUCAAAACUGGAUUUCCUUCUCCACUGGAAAAAAAGGUGGUCUCUGGAAUUCAACUGGAAAUAGAUGGACCUUCCAUAGACCUUAGUCCUUUAGGAAGUCAUUCUGGGAUCAUAGAAAAUGACAGAGCACACCCUGACAGCAACAUGGCAGUAUUUCACUUUCAUUAUGAUGUUGACAGAAGAAUGUCAGACAGCUUUCAUACCCUAUCUGAAAACUUGAUUUUGGAUGAUUGUGGAAACUGUGUACCACUUUCUGAGGGGGAGCAAAAGAUAAAUUAUAUGGCAUAUACUUGUAAACUGAUGGAAUUGGCAAAGAACUGUGAUAAUGGGAAUGGGCAGCUGCAGUAUGAUUGUGGCAUCUUGAAUGACAAAUACCUGUGCUGUGAAGGCUCUUGCCAGAAGGUCAACAUGGUAUGUUCAAGUGAUCGCUUUUGCAAGGAAGAUUUUACUGACAGUCUGCCUGCCAAGACCUUUCUGAGCCAUUCUGAGGACUGCUCUGAUAAUUGUGAAGACGUAGAAGAUGAUUUUUUUAAAAGCAAAAAGGAGCGGUCCACUUUGUUAAUUAGGAGAUUUUGUAAAAAUGACAGGGAAGUGAAGAAAUCUGUGUAUACUGGGACAAGAGCAAUUGUGAGAACUCUGCCUUCUGGCCACAUUGGGGUGAUGGCUUGGAAUUAUGUUGAUCAGAAGAGAAACGGUCUCUUACUGUCUUCUGAGAAAGUAAUGGAACCUCUGUCAAGGCUGGACAUAAGGCAGGGUGGGAGCCGAUGUCUGUCAGUAGUCUGGUGGUAUCCGAUCUACAAUGCAGUGAGAAGAAAAGAAACAGAAGAUACAAUUGGAUCUCUUCUCCAUUUCUUCACAAAGCUCCCAGCCCCUGAGACAGUCUGUGGAAGGAUUAGUCUUGGUCCAUGCUUAAAGCAGUGUGUCCGAGACACUGUAUAUGAGUACCGUGCCACCCUCCAAAGGACUUCCAUAUCUCAGUACAUCACUGGUUCUCUCCUAGAGGCAACCACUUCUUUAGGAGCAAGAAGUUGUCUUCUCAGUACUUUUGGAGGAUCCACUGGACGAAUGAUGUUGAAAGAACGCCAACCAGGUACCUCUAUGGCCAAUUGUAAUGCCCUCCCUUCAAGUUCAGCUGGGAUCAGCAAGGAACUGAUCAAUCUACAGCCCCUCAUCCAGUUCCCAGAGGAAGUCGCCAGUAUCCUAACAGAACAGGAGCAGAAUAUUUACCGAAGGGUCCUGCCAGUUGACUACCUUUGCUUCUUAACCCAGGACUUGAGCACCCCAGAAUGCCAGAGGUCCCUGCCCUGCCUCAAAGCGUCCAUCUCAGCAUCAGUUCUCACCUCUCAUAAUGGAGAGCACAAUGCCCUUGAAGACCUUGUGAUGAGAUUUAAUGAGGUGAGCUCCUGGGUGACAUGGCUGAUCCUCACGGCAGGAUCCAUGGAGGAGAAGCGAGAAGUCUUCUCAUAUUUGGUACAUGUGGCCAAGUGCUGCCGGAACAUGGGCAAUUACAAUGCUGUCAUGGAGUUCUUGGCAGGCCUCAGGUCUAGAAAAGUUCUAAAGAUGUGGCAGUUCAUGGACCAGUCUGACAUCGAGACCAUGAGAAGCCUGAAGGAUGCAAUGGCUCAGCAUGAGUCCUCCUUGGAGUACCAGAAGGUGGUGACACGGGCGCUGCACAUCCCUGGCUGCAGGGUGGUUCCAUUCUGUGGGGUGUUUCUAAAGGAGCUCUGUGAAGUGCUGGAUGGAGCCUCUGGCCUCAUGAAGCUUUGCCCACGGUACAAUUCCCAAGAAGAGACCUUAGAGUUUGUAGCAGAUUACAGUGGACAAGAUAAUUUCUUGCAACGAGUAGGACAGAAUGGCUUAAAGAAUUCAGAGAAAGAAUCCACUGUCAACAGCAUCUUUCAGAUCAUCAGAAGCUGCAGUCGAAGUCUGGAGGCAGAGGAAGAGGACAGCCUCAGUGAAGGCGACAGCUCUAGGAAAAAUUCCUUGAAGGAUAAAACCCGAUGGCCGUUUAUAAUUGGAGAUUUGCUGGAUUCAGAAAAUGACAUCUUUGAGCAGUCCAAAGAAUGCGACCCUCAUGGGUCGGAGGAGUCACAGAAAGCCUUCAACCAUGGGACAGAGCUCAUCCCAUGGUACGUGUUGUCCAUCCAAGCUGAUGUGCACCAGUUCCUGCUGCAGGGGGCUACAGUCAUCCACUAUGACCAAGACACACAUCUCUCUGCUCGCUGUUUCCUGCAGCUUCAGCCUGACAAUAGUACAUUGACUUGGAUGAAGCCCCCCACUGUCUCCCCAGCUAGUGCUAAAGUAAAACUUAGUAUGCUCAGUAACACAGCUGAGCCUGGCAAAUUCCCAUUACUGAGCAAUGCUGGAUUAAGCAGCCUGACAGAGGGGGUCUUAGAUCUGUUUUCAGCAAAGGCUGUGUACAUGGGACACCCUGGUAUUGAUCUACACACUGUGUGUGUUCAGAACAAACUGGGUAACAUGUUUCUGUCAGAGACUGGUGUGACUCUGCUCUAUGGACUUCAGACCACAGACAAUAGAUUAUUGCAUUUUGUGGCACCAAAGCACACAGCUAAGAUGCUCUUCAGUGGAUUGUUGGAACUCACUAGCGCUGUGAGAAAGAUGAAGAAGUUCCCUGACCAACGACAGCAGUGGUUGCGGAAACAAUAUGUCAGCCUCUACCAGGAGGAUGGUCGGUAUGAAGGCCCAACUUUAGCUCAUGCAGUGGAGUUGUUUGGUGGCAGACGGUGGAGUACUCGAAACCCCAGCCCUGGAACAUCAGCAAAGAAUGCUGAGAAGCCCAAUAUGCAGAGAAACAACACCCUGGGCAUAAGCACCACCAAGAAAAAGAAGAAAAUCCUCAUGAGGGGUGAGAGUGGAGAGGCAACUGAUGAUGAGAUGACAACCCGAAAAGCCAAAAUGCAGAAAGAGUGUCGAAGCCGGAGUGGUUCUGAUCCUCAAGACAUUAAUGAACAAGAAGAAUCAGAGGCUAAUGCCAUCACUGGUCCUCCCAAUCCCCUCCCUUCAAGAAGAGCUCAUUCUUUGACCACAGCUGGGUCCCCCAACUUGGCUACUACACUAUCUUCUCCCAUCAGGCCAGUCUCCUCCCCUGUGCUGUCUUCACACAAGAGUCCGUCCAGUGCCUGGAGCAGCAGCAGUUGGCAUGGGCGGAUCAAAGGCGGAAUGAAGGGGUUCCAGAGCUUCAUAGUUUCAGACAGUAACAUGAGUUUUGUUGAAUUUAUUGAGCUGUUCAAGUCUUUCAGUGUGAGGAGCCGCAAGGACCUGAAGGAUCUCUUCGACGUCUACUCUGUGCCCUGCAACCGAUCAGGCUCCGAGUCAGCCCCCCUCUACACCAACCUGACAAUCGAGGAAAGCACCAGUGACUUUCAGCCUGAUCUAGAUUUGUUAACCAGAAAUGUCUCGGACUUGGGGUUGUUCAUUAAGAGUAAACAGCAACUGUCAGACAACCAGAGGCAGAUAUCUGAUGCCAUUGCCGCUGCAAGCAUUGUGACAAAUGGCACUGGGAUUGAGAGCACAUCCCUGGGCAUAUUUGGGAUUGGCAUACUCCAGCUCAGUGACUUCCUAGUGAAUUGCCAAGGAGAACACUGCACUUAUGAUGAAAUCCUCAGUAUCAUCCAGAAGUUCGAGCCUAACAUCAGUAUGUGUCAUCAGGGUCUAAUGUCAUUUGAAGGAUUUGCAAGGUUUCUCAUGGAUAAAGAUAAUUUUGCUUCAAAAAAUGAUGAGUCACAGGAGAACAUAAAAGAAUUGCAGCUACCCCUCUCCUACUAUUACAUUGAAUCUUCCCACAAUACCUACCUCACAGGCCAUCAACUCAAAGGAGAAUCCUCAGUAGAACUCUAUAGCCAGGUCCUCUUGCAAGGCUGCAGGAGCAUAGAGCUGGACUGCUGGGAUGGAGAUGAUGGAAUGCCCAUCAUUUAUCAUGGACAUACACUGACAACAAAGAUCCCCUUCAAGGAAGUAGUUGAAGCCAUUGAUCGCAGCGCCUUUAUCAACUCUGACCUGCCAAUCAUCAUAUCAAUUGAGAACCACUGUUCAUUGCCUCAGCAACGAAAAAUGGCAGAAAUUUUCAAGACUGUGUUUGGAGAAAAGCUGGUGGCUAAAUUCUUAUUCGAAACUGAUUUCUCCAAUGAUCCAAUGCUUCCCUCACCUGACCAACUUAGGAGGAAAGUGCUUCUUAAAAACAAGAAGUUAAAGGCCCAUCAGACACCAGUGGACAUCUUAAAACAAAAGGCUCAUCAGUUAGCAUCCAUGCAGGCACAGGCUUAUAAUGGAGGCAACGCCAACCUCCCACCUGCUAAUAAUGAGGAAGAGGAAGACGAAGAAGAUGAAUAUGAUUAUGAUUAUGAAUCCCUUUCUGAUGACAACAUUCUGGAAGACAGACCUGAAAAUAAAUCAUGCAAUGACAAGCUUCAGUUUGAGUACAAUGAAGAAAUCCCCAAGAGGAUAAAGAAAGCAGAUAAUUCUGCUUGCAACAAAGGGAAGGUUUAUGACAUGGAACUGGGCGAAGAAUUUUAUCUUCCUCAGAAUAAAAAAGAAAGCAGACAGAUUGCACCAGAGCUUUCUGACCUUGUCAUCUAUUGCCAAGCAGUAAAAUUUCCAGGCCUGUCAACUCUAAAUGCAUCUGGCUGUAGCAGAGGAAAAGAAAGGAAAAGCAGGAAGUCCAUUUUUGGCAACAAUCCGGGCAGAAUGAGCACAGGGGAGACAGCAUCAUUUAACAAAACAUCUGGAAAAAGUUCCUAUGAAGGAAUUCGACAGACAUGGGAGGAAUCAUCUUCCCCCCUCAACCCAACCACGUCCCUCAGCGCUAUCAUUAGAACUCCCAAAUGCUAUCAUAUCUCAUCGCUGAAUGAAAAUGCCGCCAAACGUCUGUGUCGCAGGUAUUCUCAGAAACUGAUCCAGCACACCACCUGUCAGCUGCUGAGGACUUACCCGGCUGCCACCCGCAUUGACUCAUCUAACCCUAACCCCCUCAUAUUCUGGCUCCAUGGCAUACAACUCGUGGCACUCAACUACCAGACAGACGAUCUCCCUUUACAUUUAAAUGCUGCUAUGUUUGAGGCAAAUGGUGGCUGUGGUUAUGUUUUGAAGCCACCAGUUCUGUGGGACAAGAACUGUCCCAUGUAUCAGAAGUUUUCUCCACUGGAAAGAGAUCUAGACAACCUGGAGCCUUCUGUCUAUUCUUUAACUAUUGUCUCUGGCCAAAAUGUGUGCCCUGGUAACAGCACAGGAAGUCCAUGCAUUGAAGUUGACGUGCUGGGCAUGUCCCUGGACAGCUGCCAUUUCCGCACAAAGCCUAUCCAUCGAAACACUCUGAACCCCAUGUGGAGUGAACAGUUUCUGUUCCGAGUUCACUUUGAAGAUCUUGUAUUUGUUCGUUUUGCAGUUGUGGAAAACAACAGUUCAGCAGUAACUGCUCAGAGAAUAAUUCCACUCAAGGCUUUAAAACGAGGAUAUCGACAUCUUCAACUGCGAAACCUUCACAAUGAAGUCUUGGAAAUCUCUAGUUUAUUCAUAAACAGCAGAAGAAUGGAAGAAAAUUCCUCUGGCACUACCAUGCCUGCCUGUUUGAUGUUUAAUACAGAAGAGAGAAAAUAUUUGCAGACUCAUAGAGUCACAGUACAUGGGGUCCCAGGUCCAGAGCCCUUUGCUGUUUUCACCAUAAAUGGAGGAACCAAAGCAAAGCAACUUCUCCAACAGAUUCUGAUGACUGAACAAGAUACCAGAUUAUUCUCCACAGACUAUUUUUUGAUGGAAGAAAAGUAUUUUAUAUCGAAAGAAAAGAAUGAAUGCAGGAAACAACCUUUCCAGAGAGUCAUUGGUCCAGAAGAAGAGAUCAUGCAAAUUUUAAGCAGCUGGUUUCCAGAAGAAGGUUACGUGGGCAGGAUUGUCUUAAAAACCCAGCAGGAAACUCUAAAAGAGAAAAGCAUUGUUCAAGAUGACAAAGAGGUGAUUUUGAGCUCAGAGGAGGAGAGUUUCUUUGUCCAAGUGCAUGAUGUUUCUCCAGAGCAACCUAGAACAGUGAUCAAAGCACCCCGUGUCAGCACUGCCCAGGAUGUCAUUCAGCAGACCUUAUGCAAAGCCAAAUAUUCCUAUAGCAUCCUGAGCAACCCCAAUCCAGGUGACUAUGUGCUUUUGGAAGAGGUAGUGAAAGACACACCCAACAAGAAGUCUUCUACUCCCAAGUCUUCACAGCGAGUCCUUUUGGACCAGGAGUGUGUGUUUCAAGCCCAAAGCAAGUGGAAAGGUGCAGGGAAAUUCAUCCUUAAACUAAAGGAGCAGGUGCAGGCAUCUCGAGAAGACAAAAGAAAGGGCAUCUCUUUUGCAAGUGAAUUCAAGAAGCUCACCAAGUCAACCAAGCAGUCCCGGGGACUCACCUUACCUCCUCAGCUUGUGGCCUCAGAAAGUGUCCAAAAUAAGGAGGAGAAACCUGUGGGGGGCUUGGUCUCCAGUGACAGAGUGGAUAAUCAACACUGACUAAGGGCAGCAUGUUUCACCAGUAGGUCUAGGAUUCAAACUCACAAGAAAUCAACAGCAGAGUGAAGACACUGAUGCUUAUACCACACAGCUUCACCAUCUGUAUUAUCAUUGUCUGGGAUUUUUCAUUAAAAGUUGCCAAACUGCAGAAGUUCACAAUAAAAGAAUUCAUUGGUACUUCUAGAACGAGCCAAAUUUGAUUUUUACCAGUCCAAAGGAAGACCCAACACACUGAGACCAUGUUUCUGUGUUUAAGGAGCAUCUCCCAAAAUAAGUGGUGCCCCAGACUACACUUACAAGGCUCUUUCAAAAUAUCAAGUGAGGCCAAAUACAGGAAACCACUCCCUCCAAAGUAUAUGCACAUCCAUCUAUUCCAAGAAAUUCAGGGUUGUUGAGUGUUUAUAGAAAAGACUCAUCAAAAAGAAAUCUCACAGCUGUGACAACAAUUGACACCACAUAGCAUCAGAUCACAGUGAAGAUCUUCUGGCAAGAAGUUAAAGCCAAGAAUGAACAUGGUGGAAAGAAACAUAAUUUAUUUUCAUUAAACUGGAAAUUGACUUCUGAACUGCAACCUUCUUCACACGAUGUGAAGUCCAUGCUGAGGAAAAGUGAAAUGGCACAGGGUUAAUAGCAACCAACCAAUUUACUGAUCUGAACAAAGCAAUGAAGCACAGGGAACUGCCAUUUUACAAAUGCCAGCAGUUGGAAAAAAAUCCCUAAGCUUGCAGUAACUCUUAGAAAAGAAAAAAGAUUAGCAUAAUUUUGUUUGCAAAGGUCCAGACAGUAAAUAUUUUAGGGUUGGAGACCAUAUGGCCUCUGUUGUAACUGUUUUGUUAAGUUGCGUGCUCUCCCAAAGGGCACAGAUGAUACGUGAAUGAAAAUAGCUGUAUUCCAGUGAAACUUUAUGGACACUGAAAUUGGAAUUUCAUAUAAUUUUCACAUAUCAAAUAUCCUUUUGAUUUUUUUCAUCCAUUAAAAAAUGUAAAAACUGGGCCAAGGAUUUAGCUCAGUGGCACCACGCCUGCCUUUGCAAGCGCAAGGUCCUGAGUUCGAUCCGUGGUACCAAAAGCAAAACAACACUAAAAUAUGUAAAAGCUAUUCUUAGUUCAAGGGCACUAUAAAAACAGAUGGUAGGUGGGAUUUGGCCCAAGGGCCAGAGUUUGCUGACUCAACCUACAGUACUGGGAACAAGAGGCACAGAGAUCUGAAAAUGAGCAAACUACAUAGUUUAGGCAUAUACUUUAUGGCUGAGAAAUAAAAGCUAUUGGGCAUUGGGGCCAGGGAUUUAGCUCAGUGGUUUCGCUACCUGCUGCACAAGAGCAAGGACCCAAGUUUGAUCCCCAGUACCAAAAAAAAAGCUAUUGGGCAUUGCAAAUAUAAAUAAGUUCUGUAAGAUUCAUUAAAAGUAAUUCAACAUCGUUACUAUACUGUGUACCAUAAUGCACUCUUCUUUACUAUUCUUUUUACAUAUAGAAAAGAUGCUGGUUUUUUGUAAAGGUUAUUGGUCAUAUAUUCACAGAUUAUUUCAUUUCUGGUUUUCACAAAAUGAAUUUAGAAUAAGAGUUGUGAUGUCUUAACAAAAACCUAAUCAUAUUUUUAAAUCAAAAGUAGUUUUGUGUUUAAGGUAGGUUUAUUUAUUUUGCAAGGUUUGUACUGACACUGUAUUUGUAUAUUUAUUAGCCAUACAUUUUUUAGUAUGCUUGCUGUGGAUUAAAAAAACAUUAGUGGUUCUAUCUCAUUAUUUGAAGACAAACUAAAAUGUAUACUCAACAUCUAAAAUGGGUUAGACUUUCAUGUAAAAUAGCUUCAUCUUCAUUUCUCAUUAACUGAACAGCUAUGGCUCCAAGUCAUAUUUGCAAUUUGAUGUAAAUUAUUUUUUUAAAACCUUGCUGUACAAAACCCAGUUAAGUGUAAUAAAUGGAUUCUUAAUCUUGGUAUGAAGCAAGUUAUGACUUUAAAAA